AUGGGGAGUGCAGAGUUCAGUCGGCCUGAGAUUGUCGACUCCAGAGAGUGUGAUCGGCAAGGGACAAUUGGAACAUACGUGCCUCGCCUUUCCACUGUUUCUUUGGGGAUAUCAAGACAUCCCUUCCUCGAUCUUGUUGGAUGCUCUCAUUUUGAGUUGCCAGUGGAUGUGCUGCUGCCUUUUGAUAGCGAAUAUCAGCAGCAGCUUUCCCUUGCUGGUUUGGAUUUGAAUACACAAUGCAACCCACUGGUACAAGAUCUUGAGGUCGAUGGCUGCUAUGACUCGACUGUACCAUUCAUGUGGGAAGACUUUACAGCAGCGAUAGACUGCGAUGUCGUACCAGAAUCUUCAGCAUUGCAUGCUAUCAGAGCAAAUGAGCUGAACGGAAUCCCACUUUUUCGGGACAUAGAAUGCAAUGUGUUCUCCUCCCAAGAUGUGGCAGCCAACGACUUGCCAGGUAUGUUGGAGCAUACUAUUGCCUCAUUCAACCCCCAGGUUGCAGCUGCCGAGGAAAAAGCCAUUGCUGCCCGGGCAGCAAGGGCAAAAAGGAAGGAAAAGAGGAAGCUCGCCAAACUCCAGAGAGCAAACGUGCCACCAUUGAAGCGCCAGCGCCGUGCUCAUGUGCUGAAAGAGGGCUCUCUUUCGUUGAUUGUGUAUGGCCAAGAUGAAAAGCUCAAGUGGACAAGGAGGAUUUGUGACUUCCUUGGAAAAAUGAGGAUUGUUCUUGGUGAUAGGCGAAUGGGACCCAUGCCAUGGGGAGGCUCAGUGUUGGAUUCAGUGGUGGGGGCAUUCCUGACACAGAAUGUUGCUGACACCCUGUCCAGCAAGGCCUUUAUGAUGCUUUCUAGCCAAUUCCCUGCGGUCAGAAGAAGAGCAGCCAGGCACAAACAGCGUACAGCACCCAACCUGCUUUGUGACUGUGCUGAUCGUGAAUGUGGAGGACAGCAUGUCCAGAAGUGGGCAUGUAGAUCAGACAGAAAUCAGACAACAGCCCGGCAUCACUCUCGUGCACAAGAACCAGCAGCACGCAUGACAGAUGGAUCAUCUGCUGAACACGUCCAUGGGGAUCAUGCUGUGGUGCACAACAGCUGUCAGCUGGCUCAUUGUCCGCCUGUGGAUUGUGGGUGUGCAAAUGAAAUGUGUGCAAGACACCAUCAAUGCAUCGAGAAUGGCCCAGGCACACGUGAGCACGAUGUGUUGUUGUGUGAGAGUUAUCAUCUACCUUUGUCCGCCCCAUCCAGUGGGGAUUUUUCAGAUGUUGUGAAUUGGGAGGCAGUGUGCGCAGCUCCAAAAGAGCUUGUGGCCAACUGCAUCAGGUGCCGUGGAAUGCACAACAGGUUGACAUCAAGGAUCAAGGCAUUUCUGGCUCAUGUUGGAAAGGAACAGGGUGAGGUUGGGAAGGAAAGAAUGCUUUGGAAGAAGCAAGAGACAACUGAAGGGCAUCUGGUGCCUCAUUCAAGCCCCCAAAGCAUCUCUGCCUCCCCAAGGCCUUUGCCACCUGACAGAAACAAUCUGAGCCAUUCUGCAGAAGGCCUGUCGAUUGAAUGGCUUAGAGAUGUUGGGGAUGAAGACAUGAAACAAUUUCUAACGUCUGUUGCAGGAUUAGGAUGGAAGAGUUGUGCCUGUGUGGCACUUCUUGCAUUAGGGAGGAAGGACUUCCCUGUGGAUAUCAAUGUGGCACGGAUCUGUACACGCCUUGGCUGGGUUCCUCUUGAGGCACAAGCGGGAAUUGAGGAGCUCGAAGAUUAUCCUAGUGCCAUGGAGAUUCAAAAAUAUCUACAUUCACGGGCAAUGGCAUUCGAUUUUCCCACUUUGUAUGAGCUCCAUUACCACAUGAUCACACUGGGCAAAGUAUUGUGCACAAAGAGAAAGCCGAAUUGCCUUGCAUGCCCUCUGGCAUCCUCAUGCGAGUAUGCAUUGAAUGGAGGUGAGCACUACCAACCGGAAAACAGGUACCCGGGAAAACCUAAAUCCAACAAAACCAGAAGGACGGCAAAGCCAAUGCACAAAGACGAAUUGGGACAGAAGGAACCACAGUGUGCAGGCACAGGCACUGUUGCCCAGAGAUUGGCCGACCAUUCAUUCACAAACGAGCAUCUGCCGUCACAGGCGUCGACCUUGAAAUCAGGUGGAAUGGUGUAUCGGCAAGUACCUGACAUUGAAGACUUCUUCAGUGUUCGUGGGGCAGCAGCUUGUUCAACCAUGGUUCAUGUGCCCAAGGGUGAAGAAUCGCGCAAGGAAUGCGAAACCACUGCAGACAGGCAAGACAGGCACGUUUCUGAUAGACAGCUGAAAACCGAGCCAUGUCAAAAUGACAAGCCGGAACAUGGACUUCGCUUUGCACAGCCACAAGUCAGCAAAUCUCCUGCUGGCAAAGAAGAUGGAAGCGGAACACAACAGGCAUCAGGGCCAGCAGGAAGUGACAGACUUCAAUGCAACACUGCCGAGGUACAAAGAAUCAUAUCUAUCUUGGAGGAACAGGAGUCACAUGUUAUUUUGGAUAAGGUCCACUGUCAAGAUGCACUUGGAGGGCAUGUAGGCGUGGCAUUGGCUAUGAAAAUUGUAGGCAUCAAUUCUGGACACAGAAUUGAUCAGGCACAGCUGAGAAGCGAAUACCGCAGAAUCUCGAAACUCAUUCAUCCAGACAAGUGCCUACACCCAUUGGCAGGUAUGGCAUUUUCUGUGUUGACUGAUGCAUUCAAGGCAUUGCACAGCAGCACAGGCUCAACGCCUGGAGAUGGUGAUGCUGUACUGAACGAGCUGACUCAAGAGCUGGCUUCUGGGGUAGGAGAGUCAUCUGUGGUUGGUGUUCGCUGGGAACAGGGAGAUCCCUGUCACUCUAGGAAGGUUGUUUUUGGGGCAUGCUUUCCUGAUGGUGCAUUGGAGCGGAUUGUCCCAUUUUCAUUUCCUCCGCGGCUGGCUGAGGAUCCCAAUCCUUACUUGCUCAUUCCAGACCCAAGAAAUCAGGAAUUUGAAGGUGGUGGAAGACAGGAUGGUCGAACUUGUGAUGGCCCAGGAUGUCGUCCUGCAAGUGUCAAAGCAGAUAAUGACACAAUUCCCAUGCUGCUCCUCAUCCCUUGUCGAACAGCUCUGCGAGGCAAGUUCCCCCUGAAUGGAACAUAUUUUCAGGUGAACGAAUUGUUUCUCUGUGAUCCCACUACAACACCUCCCAUUAGGCUUGCGAGAAGACUAUUAGAGAUGCAUAAUCCCAGAUGGCGCCCAGUCUACUUUGGGACAUCGAUUUCAAGAGUAACUCAGGGAAUGACAAUGCGGGAGAUAGCACAACUCUUUCGUUUUGGAUAUGUUUGUGUCAAGGGAUUUGACUUGGGCACAGGUGCUCCAUCUUCUCUAAUUGAGCCCUUGCUUCCAUGA